CAGCGCCUCGACGGCCCGCAGGGCGCCGGCGCGCGACGCGUCGGCGCCGGCGUCGCUCGCGUCGGCGUCCGCGUCGUAGCUGACGAGCUCGGCGCCGCCGCAGCGGUCGUUCAGGGACGCGACCUGCCCGCAGAGACACGGCGCCGCGGUCGCCGCGACGUCCGCUACGGCCGCGAGGCACGACAGCGCGCCGGCCGCCACCGACACCAGGGUCGGCGCGAACCGGACCCACUCGAGCUCGAGCGCGCGGCAGAUGCGCGCCGCCACCGCCGGCGCGUCGAGCCCCGCGGCGUUGCGGCGCCGCUUCACGAUCUCGUACACCGCUCAGAACGCGACCUCGUGCGUCUGGAGCCGGCCGGCGUCGACCACCACGUACUUGACGGCCUCCUUCGUGCUCACGCAGGUCACGACCUCAAAGUCGGCCUGGUCCUGCGCGCGGCUCCGCGCCGCGCGCAGCGUCGAGAAGACGUCGCACGCGACGCCCCUCGUGCAAUCCGCGAGCGCCGCGUCGACGGCGCGCGCCGCGAGCGCCACGCGCGUCGCGUCGUCGUCGGAGCUCAGCGCCGCGUCGCAGUACCGCGCCGCGGCCGCGAGGACGCGCCGCUGCAAGGCGCGGUGCGCCGCGCCGUCGUCGCGUUCUAUGAGCAAAGACGCGCAGACGCCGCCCCCGAG